UCCGUACAAUGGCGGAGACCCGGAGAUCUGCAGCUGUAUCCAGCAAGGUAAAGAAAAACAAGGGGGUCGGCGCUCCUGCAGCUGGCACUGUGAAGAAGACCACCACACGAGACAAUCUGCUGGCCAAGGAAGAAGAAUACAAGCGACUAAAUGCUGAACUAGAAGCAAAAACAGCUGAGCUGGUCCGCGAGGCUGAAGAAGUGAUGAGAGAGCAGCAACAGCUCCUGUCACGGCCAGCACUGUCACGGGUUAAACUUUUUGAUGAAGAUGAGGACGAAGGUUUAAGGAAACUACUUACCCCAGAAGUACCAACAUUAACCCUCUCCCAUAUCAAGACCGAUGGUAAAACAGGCACAAAACCUUCGGCACGGAACAGACCACAUACUACUGCAACAAAUGCAAAAAAACAAAUACCAACUGAGAAUAUAUUGACUCGGCCUCGACCAAAAACAGCCGACACACGUGCUGCCAACGAUGUUGCUAUCCCAACAGAUGUUGCAGACUUUUCCCUGGCAAAAACCAUUAGUAAGAUUGAAAGCAAACUGAAGGAGGGGGAACUGCCUGAAAAUGCUGACGAUGACGUAAUUCCAGGAAUAAACAAUGAAAUUGGUGCAGAGGCUCAGAUCAGAUUUCUGAAAGCAAAGCUGCGAGUAAUGCAGGAAGAGCUGGACAAUGUAACUCAUCAAUACGAUAAGAAGGAAGAUGACAAUCGCGACCUUGCAUCUCGUGUAAAGGACCUUGAAGAAGAGCGUGGGAGACUACAGAGAACAGCCAAUAUACAGCAGACCCAGGCAGACAAAUAUAAAGCUUUAUUUGAAGAGGCUAAUAAGAAGAAUGAUGGACUACAGCAUCAGCUGUCCGCUUUAGAGAAGGAACUGGAAAAUUUUAAAAGAAUACAGAAACAGUCUGCAAGCAAUCAAAGUGCUACCGAGGUUCGCCUGAACAGAGCUAUGGAGGAAGCAGAUAAAUACAAAAUGGAACUCAAUAAACUUAAACAAAGUAACAAGGAUACCGCUCACCAAGAGAGGAAAAGAGUUGAAGAACUGAAACUUGAAAAUAAGAAGCUGGAGAAGCAGAAAGCAGAGUUGAUGGCUGGAUUUAGAAAACAGCUCAAGCUCAUUGAUAUUUUAAAAAGACAAAAGAUGCACAUUGAAUCAGCCAAGAUGCUGUCCUUUACAGAAGAAGAGUUCAUGAAGGCACUAGAGUGGGGCGUCUCCUAGACUUGAAUUUAUAUACAUAUGUGUGAAUUGUACAUAACAUACUUGUUUGAUUUUGUAAAGUAUUUUAUAUUAGAUGUUGCACACAGUAGUACAG